GAGGGUGAUGAAGGAGAAACUCCGUUGUCAAAAGCUCAGCUUUGGAACAGAGGCUUAAAAUACAAGGCAUCAUCAUAGAUCAGUUCCACAGACAUGGCUCAGAAAGACCCCUGCCAGAAAUAUGCCUGUGAAAUCCAGAAAUGCUUGCAAGCCAACAACUACUUGGAAUCAAAAUGUGAAGCCGUUCUCCAGGAGAUGAGAAGAUGUUGUGCCCGCUUUCCCAAGGGCAGAUCCAUCUCCUGCUCAGGGUUUGAGUUGCAGGAAAAAGAGAAAGUGAAGCAGGUAUCGUCUUCCCACGGAUUUCAAGCCCCCAAACCCUGAGGAUGCACUGACCUCUGGGGGAGUGGAAGACAUUCCUGCAAACUUCGUUGCUGCGCAAUACCUCAUCUGCACCGCUUGCAUUGACACGAGGUGCAAGGCAGCUCCUCUUUUGGACAUUCUCAGAAGCCAGAAAACAAUGGCCCGUCUGUUAAGGGUAGAGCUGCUAGUUGUUUUACUAUCAAAACGUGUCAGUACUGUAGCCUUAUUGUGGAUUAGAUUGGAAUAGAAUUAACUUGAUGUGUAAAUGUUCAACGUCAUCUACUUUUAUUAUCAGGAGUAGCAAUAUUUCACUGCAAAGUGAAGUCCAAGCAGCCUUUAUGCUGAAAUCUUAAGUUUUUAAAACAAUCUUGUUAGACACAGAAUAACAUCCUUAAGAUGCAGAAACUGUACUCCCGUGAAGUCAGCACUUCCCAGUCUUUCAGAAGUUGUCCUUGUCGUGCUCCUGCAUUUUGCUGUGCAGUUGUAUGAAGUGUUGGCAACUAAAGCUCCAGCGAACUUGGGCUUAUCCUCUUUUUGGCUGGGCAAUAGUUAGGUUACCUGCGUGCCUCUGUUUCCUCAUCUGCAAAACAGGACAUACCACUUCUUCUUUUGGACUGUAGAUUUAGUAGCACUCAAAUCCAAUUGCACAAUGCUUAAUUAUGUGAAUGCUGUUGUGGAAGCAGCUGAUUUCAGGGAUAGCUAUAGAGUGGUGUGUUCUCCCCCUCCGCCUUUGCAAAGCAAUAGUCACUUUCUGGAAAACCAGAGUGGUGGAAGAGGUAUUUUUAAAAUCCCCCACUCUGCAACUUGUGUGAGCAAAGCCUCAUUUCAAUUGGAAUGUGGUUGUAGCACCUCUUUCCCCCCAGCUGAGACCCUCCUGAACACAUCCCAGAGGAUUUUGACCAUCCUGUUACUAUUCUGUGUUCAAUCUAGUACCUCCCAGUGUUGAAGUAAUUUCAAGACCACUGCAAUGUUCUGUGUGUGUCAUAAGCAGGCAUAACCAAAACCAGUGGAACAAUCUGUGUUGGAAAUAUUUAACUUUAAUGCUGCAAAAAUAAAAUAAAAUAAACUAUCUGAACAUAC